CCUCGGUUAAAGGGCGAUCUGCGGUAACACUGAUAAAUAUGGCGUCAGAGUCAGAAGUUCCAGGUCGUCGCACACGUUCUGGCCGGACGGCCGCAUCCCCAGUAGCAUCGCUACCGACCAGAAGCACCAGGCGCACAUCCAAGAAGAACGCCCAGCUAAGUGACCCCGAAGAGGAGCCGGAGGAACAGCCGGCAAUGGUGCAGGAAGAGGAGGAGGAAAAGGGUGCUAUGGCAGUGGUAGCCGCCGAGGAGGCCCCCGCCAUGGAACCGCAGUUUGAUGAGAUAAUCCAGUUGGACGAUGACGUGGAUAUGCCCGCCGAAACUGGUGGUGUGGACGAGAAGAGUUCCUCCUUUCCGUUCGGAACGGUGGCAGAGCAGCAUUCGGAGACCAGUGAUGAUAUCAAAGAGAGUCGUAAGGAAGCCGGCGUGGACACGCUGCUGGCCUCCCUGGCGGGCGACAAUGCCAACAGCCUGCCGUCCGUGGGCGGCAAUGACGAAAGCGAAACCGCCAAAAAGGCGAACUUUGAGUAUAACGUGGAGGCAUUGCAGCCACAAGCCGAGAAACUGAAUUCGUCAGAGGACUCCAGCUCACACCAUGCCAUAGCCGAGAGUUUAGGUGAUGAGGCGGACACCAGUGAUGCCACAAUUGUCCAUACCGAAAUAAUCUCAGAGGAUGAACUACCUCCACCCAGCAAGCCGGAGAUUAACGAUGCCGAGGAAGUGUCCGAUGAAGAACUUCCGGCCCCGCAACGUGCCGAGCUGCCCGCAGACGCCGAAGUGAUCUCCGAAGAUGAGUUGCCCACCCACAACAAUAAUAAUGCGAAUGAGGCCAAGGCACCUGUUAAGCGUAAAGCAGAAAGAGAAAACGACAAAGGAACUGAAAGUAAAGAACUUGGCAUUUGUGAGACGAGCGCCAAAGAAAAGUCUGUGGAGCAAUAUAAUCCGGGAAGUCCCACCUCCGAGAGCACCGAUGGUCAGCCCUCAGAGAAGAGGACAAAGGUGGAUGAUGCCGAGCCCAAGGACAAAAAGAAGGAAAUGGAGCGCGAUAAAGAGAAGGAAAAAGACAAGGAGAAGGAGCGUAAAAAGUUGCCCGAGCUAGAUAGGUACUGGCGGGCGGUGAAAGAGGACUCUGCAGACUUUACCGGCUGGACUUACCUGCUGCAAUAUGUGGACAGUGAGUCCGAUGCGGAAGCAGCUCGAGAGGCCUACGACACAUUCCUGUCCCACUAUCCCUACUGCUAUGGAUACUGGCGCAAGUAUGCCGACUACGAGAAGCGCAAGGGCGUCAAGGCCAACUGCUACAAGGUGUUUGAGCGCGGCCUAGAAGCGAUCCCCCUCUCGGUAGAUCUAUGGAUUCACUACCUGACGCACGUCAAGUCAAAUCACGACGACGAUGAGCAGUUUAUUCGUGUCCAGUAUGAGCGGGCUGUUAAGGCAUGUGGCCUGGAGUUUCGAUCGGACAAGCUUUGGGACUCCUAUAUCCGCUGGGAAAACGACUCUAAGCGCUAUCAUCGCGUGGUGCAGAUCUACGAUAGGCUUCUGGCCAUACCCACGCAGGGCUAUAAUGGCCACUUUGACAAUUUCCAAGAUGUGAUAAAUCAGCAUGCUAUAACCAGCACUAUUGGCCAUGAUGAGCUCAUCCGCCUGCGUAAAGAUUUCCAUGAGCGUCAGCAAAGCAAAGCGGCCAAGUCCUCGUCCAAGAGCCGUCGCGACAGCAGUAGCAGCUCCAAAGACAAAGACUCAAAGGGCGACCGAGAACGAGAACGGGAGAAAGAGAAGGAUAAGGAGAAGGACAAGGACAAGGAAAAGGAGAAACGAGUUUCAAGUGGCAGCGGUGCUGGUAAGUCGCCAAAAGAUUCUAUUGAAACCCAUGUCGAUGAAUCAGAAAGUACUACCACCGAUCUGACUGAAAGCGAGUCAUCGCCUGCAGCCUUGAAGACAGCGCCCCCCCAAAUCGAUUUCAGUGAUUUCGCCACGCUAAGUGACGAGGAGGUGGCUAGCAUAAGGGAUAGGGCUAUCUCUACGCGGCGCAAGAUUCACAAGGUGACAGUCAGCGCAGUGACUGCCCGCUGGUCCUUCGAGGAGGGCAUUAAGCGACCUUAUUUCCAUGUGAAGCCGCUCGAGAGGGCUCAGCUCAAGAACUGGAAGGACUACUUGGACUUUGAGAUCGAAAAGGGGGAUCGCGAGCGCGUUCUGGUUCUGUUUGAAAGAUGCCUUAUUGCCUGCGCCCUGUAUGACGAGUUCUGGCUAAAGAUGCUGCGUUAUCUGGAGUCGCUGGAGGACCAGACCGGAGUUAUUGAUCUCAUUCGAGAUGUGUACAGUCGCGCCUGCCGCAUACAUCAUCCGGACAAGCCUAGUCUGCACCUGAAGUGGUCUGCCUUUGAGGAGUGCCAACUGAAUUUCGAUGGUGCCGCCGAGAUCUUGCAACGUGUCGAGCAGCGUUGCCCCAAUCUCCUGCAGCUUUCCUACCGACGCAUCAAUGUCGAGCGUCGGCGGGGAGCGCUGGACAAGUGUCGCGAGCUAUACAAGCACUACAUAGAGAGUACAAAGAACAAGGGGGUGGCCGGCACUCUGGCCAUCAAGUAUGCCCGCUUCCUCAACAAGAUCUGCCACGAUCUCGAUGGAGGUCUAACCGUCCUGCAGCAGGCCCUGGAACGUGAUCCAGCCAACACUCGAGUGGCUCUGCAAAUGAUCGAUCUCUGCUUGCAACGCAAAAAUGUCGAUGAACAGGAGGUGGUUCAAAUAAUGGACAAGUUUAUGGCUCGCGCCGAUAUCGAGGCAGAUCAGAAGGUGUUGUUUGCGCAGCGCAAAGUGGAAUUCCUUGAAGACUUUGGCAGCACAGCCAAGGGAUUGCAGGACGCUCAACGGGGUCUGCAGCAGGCGCUAAGCAAAGCCAACGAGGCCUCAAAGAAGGGUGACAGCAGUCCCAAUCGCAAAAGCUCAUCGGCCAGCAAAGAUGGUGCCGCUCCUGUAUCUGGAUCUUCUGCCUUUGCGGCAGCCUAUAACAAUGGUGGCACAGCUGCCACAACUGCCGCAGGCUACAACUAUGGAGCGGCCAGUGCGUCCGCCUACUACGGUCAGCAGAAUAGUGGAGGAGUAUACCCUCCUCAGCCGCCGCCGCAGCAGCAGCAGCAGCAGGCUUCUUACGACUCCUACUACAGCCAAUGGGGUUACGGAUCUGGAGCAGCAGCACCUGGACCCAGCGGCAGUAGUAGCGGCGGCUACAACUAUGGCCAAUGGAGCGGCUAUGGCAACUACUAUUGAGACGCGACCACCCACCCAGACUCCUUGUACCUCUAAGACGCCCCCAGCUUGUUUGGUUUUGACCCUGCCGCGCUGUUCUGUUAUCUAAUAGUCGUCUAUUUGUAAUUUUAUAUUGAUUCCACAUUAUGCAUACAUACAUGCGGAUUAUGUAGCCGAUUCUCAGCCGGAAAAUAAAGAAAUAUAAGCUUAAUCGGUUCACCAUA